AUGCAAAAUAUUCCUCUCACCUUUGGAGGCUUGCUGUCAGAAUUAUUAAUCCAUCCUUGCAGCCCCAUUCUGAAGAGCAGACACAGCCUAACAUCAUUGUCAUUUUAUAGCAUUUUACUAUGGGUAGUGUUGGGGGUAUUGAUGUCUCCAUGUUGUGUUCAGUGUCUGACCUUUAAAGUGGGGGUGCUUGGACCUUGGAACUGUGACCCCGUCUUCCCAAAAGCCUUUCCUGGUUUGGCAGCCAGGCUGGCAGUUGCUCGGAUAAAUCAGGACCAAAGUUUAGAUUUAGGCUGCAAUGUUGACUUUGUGAUCCUCCAAGAGGCUUGUGAAACUUCCAAAGCUCUGACUAAAUUUGUGCAGUAUGAGAACCUGGUUCAGGCCUUUGUUGGUCCAUCAAAUCCUGGGUUCUGCAAUGCAGCCGCACUCUUGGGCAAAAACUGGAAUAAGGCCAUUGUCUCCUGGGCCUGUGUUAACUAUGAGCUGGAUAGGAUCCAGAGCUACCCAACCUUUGCCCGGUCUCUGCCUUCCACAACACGGGUGCUCUUCAGUGUGUUGAAGCACUUCAAGUGGGCCAGCAUUGGUAUUGUUUCCUCCAAUGAGGACAUAUGGGUGGACACCGCCAGCAAAGUGGCCACCUCUCUGAGAAGUCAGGGACUUCCUGUGGGCAUCGUGACAACCAUGGGAGACAAUGACACAGAGACAGAAAUGACACUAAGGAAAAUCCAGCAGGCUGGAAAUAUAAAAGUCAUUAUCAUGUGCAUGCAUUCCUUGCUGAUUGGUGGAGAGCAACAGGCUGAUUUCCUGCUGAAGGCCCACGAGGUUGGACUAACGAAUGGGAGGUACGUCUUCGUGCCAUAUGAUGCCCUGCUUUACAGCCUCCCCUACAAAAACGUCUCCUAUGCCCCUCUGAAGGACGACAGCAAGCUUCGGCAAGCAUACGACGCUGUGCUGACCAUCACCGUGGAGUCCGAACUGAUGUCAUUCAAUGAGGCCUACAAUAUGGCCAAGAGCCUUGGUGAAAUCCCUACACCAACUAACCCAGAACAGGUGUCACCUUUGUUUGGAACAAUCUACAAUGGGAUCUAUUUCAUUGCUAAAGCCAUGCACAACUCUAGAAGGGCUGGCCAGUGGCUAUCUGGGACCAACUUGGUGUCCUUCACAGCGAACCUGACUUUCAAUGGCUUCAACCAGAGGAUCAAAACAGACGGCUUGGGGAGUGGGCUGACCAAUUAUGUGAUCUUGGACACAGAUGGACAAGGAAGCCAGCUCCACCGUGUCUACCACGUGGACAUGAGCACUGACACGUUGCACUUUGCCGGCCGGUCCAUUCAUUUCCCAGGAGGGACCCUGCCUCCAGCUGACCCCAGCUGCUGGUUUGAGCCCAAUGCCAUCUGUACUGGAGGUGUACAGCUAACGUAUGUCAUUCUGGUGUUUAUGUUCAUCUUUGUCCUGGUUGUUGGCAGCAUGGGCUUGACUUUUCUGAUAAGGAAGCGAAUUCAGGAGAUCCAGCUGGAGAAAGGGCCAAAUCGGAUCAUCCUAACUUUGGAGGACCUCACCUUCAUAGAUCCACAGCUCAGCAAGAAGAAAAUAACAUUGGAAGACCUCAGCCAGUCCAUAAGUGCUGCAGAUGAGAAGAGUGUGAAGUCUGCAGAUGCAGAGAGUUCUGGAACAAUAACGCAUGAGACUUCAAAUGUUGCCAUCUAUGAGGGUGACUGGGUGUGGUUAAAAAAGUUCCAAGAGGGACAGUUCAAGGAAGUUAAACCAAGCACCACAAAGAUUUUUGCGCAGAUGAAGGAUCUUCGCAACGAGAACGUCAACCUUUUCCUGGGCUUCUUUGUGGACGGUGACAUGUUUGCAGUGGUGACGGAGCAUUGCUCCCGGGGGAGUCUCCACGACCUGCUGCGGAACGACGAUGUCAAGCUGGACUGGAUGUUCAAGUCCUCCCUCGUCCUCGACCUCAUCAAGGGCAUGAGGUACUUGCAUCACCGUGAGUUCCCUCAUGGGCGUCUGAAGUCUCAGAACUGUGUGGUGGAUGGACGCUUUGUACUGAAAAUCACAGACUAUGGCUUCAAUGAGCUUCUGGAAUCCCAGAAAGCCCCACAAGAUACACCUCCUCCUGAAGACCUGUUCUGGACAGCUCCCGAGAUCCUUCGGGACAUGGACAACUUGCGGAAAGGGACGUACAAAGGAGAUGUGUACAGCUUUUCCAUCAUACUGCAGGAAGUGGUUGUCAGAGGACCCCCUUACUGCAUGCUGGGCCUGCCCGCAGAAGAGAUCAUCAGGAAGGUGAGGAAGCCACCGCCCAUGUGCAGGCCCACAGUGGCCCCGGACCAGGCCCCCAUGGAGUGCAUCCAGCUGAUGAAGCAGUGCUGGAGUGAGCAGCCUGAGCGGAGGCCAACGUUCGAGGAGGUCUUUGACCGUUUCAAACUCAUCAACAAAGGCAAGAAGACCAACAUCAUUGACUCCAUGCUGCGCAUGCUGGAGCAGUACUCCAGUAACCUGGAGGAGCUGAUCCGAGAGCGGACGGAGGAGCUGGAGGUGGAGAAGCAGAGGACGGAGAAGCUUCUUGCUGAAAUGCUGCCCCCCUCUGUUGCAGAAGCCCUGAAGACAGGGGCUACAGUGGAGCCAGAGUAUUUUGACCAGGUCACCAUCUACUUCAGCGACAUUGUGGGCUUCGCCACUAUCUCCUCCCUCAGUGAUCCCAUCGAGGUGGUCGACCUCCUCAACGACCUCUAUACACUCUUUGAUGCUGUACUGUGCAACCACGAUGUCUAUAAAGUUGAGACUAUUGGAGAUGCCUACAUGGUAGCCUCGGGUCUGCCAAAGAAGAACGGCAACAAACAUGCGGCAGAGAUCGCCAACAUGUCCCUCAACCUGCUCAGCUCCGUCGGAAGCUUCCAGAUGCGCCACAUGCCAGACGUGCCAGUCAGGAUCCGAAUUGGCAUACACUCAGGGCCAUGUGUUGCCGGGGUUGUGGGUCUGACCAUGCCCCGGUACUGCCUGUUUGGAGACACAGUCAACACCGCCUCACGAAUGGAAUCCACCGGGUUGCCUUAUAGAAUUCAUGUGAAUAUAUCCACUGUGAAGAUCCUUCGAUCUUUGAAUGAGGGGUACCAGAUAGAUGUCAGGGGCAAAACUGAGUUGAAGGGUAAAGGUAUUGAAGAAACGUACUGGCUUGUGGGGAAAGCAAACUUCACGAAGCCUCUGCCAAAACCACCAGAGAUAAAACCAGGAGACAACUGGCAGGAAAUGGUGACCGAGGAAAUCAAGUCGAUCUUCCGAAAAGCCAAAAGGCAAGUGGACAAGCCCAAAAUCUGAAAGGAAGAGAAGCAGAAAUUGAAAAAAUGGGAGAGCCAGCUGCAGGAGAGAUGGACAG